CUAUAGUCAACAUCCGUGCGAGCACAUAAAAUGGCUCCCAUGCAGAAAAAGAUUGAAAAGAAAUGCAGUAAGAAAAAGGAGAUGAUUACAGUGGAAGUUAAGAAGGAAAUCAUCGAGAAGUAUGAAUGAGGUAUGCGAGCGGUCGAAAUUGCAAGAUUUCACAAGAAGUCUACAUCUACCUCUCGCCUGCAGAGGAGGAGGAGAGAAAGGUGGAGGAAUCCCUCACUUCAAAUGAGAUUAGGGAGAUGUGUAAAAUUUGGGAAACUGCAAAAUUUUGUGGAAAAGCACCACCUGAAUAAGGUUGUAGCAGGGCAAGCGAUGAAUCUGUUUAACGACAACGUGAUGUCACUUUUCCACAAAGUCCUCAAAAGGAGGCAAAAGCAAGUGUCACUGGACAGUUUCCUUGUUAAAGUUGAACGAAGAGAAAAGGAGUCCAUCGAGCCAACAGCAGCGAUUCCGUUAGUGAUAGUGAAAAUUGUCCUACACAAUAACCCUCCUCUCUCUUGUCUCCUUCACACCCGCACAAAGGUUUUCAAAGUUUGCGAAGAAUCAUCACCUCCCUGUUAAAGGUGAAGAAAGUGACAUGGGACAUGAUGUGACUGGCCAACGAAUCAUCGUAAGUGAUGUGGCCUCUGGAAGGGGCAGUUCUGUCAGACGGCAGUCUGUCCCCGAUGUUGGCAGAAGGCUGACAGGUCUGGCUGCAGGAGACCCUGAGUACUUACUGCUGUCCAUCAAGCAAGGGAAAGGACCACCUCACAUGUCCAAACGGGGCUGGAUGUUGUCAAAUUCCUCGCAGCUGUCAGUCUCCUUUUCUCCAGCCUGGCGACAGGUGUCCCGACAGAGCCCAGUUACCAAAGGCAGUCACCGACUGCUUGCGCGCCUUCCAGAGGAGCUCGUGUUCCAGCAUCAAAGACUGAAGCUUGUGCAUUGAGGUAACGAGCUGCUCCCAGGCAGGGACUGACUCACUUAUUUACCAGACUUUCUCCUUUUCCUCGACAAUAGUGCCAGCCCUUAAGAGCUGCUCAGUAAAUGUCUUUUGAAUGGACUAAGGCACAAGCAUCUGGUGCUUCCAAUGCUAUCGGCUUUAAUAAACACCAUUGAGUGGCAUCUUGUGAAGAUUAGCUAAAACAACCUGGCAGCGUCAGCGGGUAGUUAUUUUGGUCCCCAUUUUAUUUAGGAGGAAUCUGCAAGAAGUUAAGUAACUUGCUCAAGAGGCACAAAGCUUGUUAAUGGCAGAGUUGGGAUCUGAACUCUGGUCUGUCCAUUUCCACACCGCGGGGAGUUUGGUGCACAUCACUGAGAAGCACUGUGGCACUGAUACCCUGCAAAGAGCCGUGGAAACACAGAAGUCACUGCUUACGACCGUCUUCACAGAGGAAAUACUGCAAGUUUUGUGAGCUGAAUAUUGAGAUGCGUUCUGCAAUGUGGAGAAGGGCCGGGGGGCAUUCAAGUCAGCGCUGCAUUUGCAAAAGGCAGAGCAUGGGUAGGAAGAAGCGAGACUGUGCGGCUGCACACAGGGAACGGGUUCUAAGUCAGGCAGGUAAGAGGAUGGGGGAUGAUGCGCUCAGGCAAGUUAGAGUCAGAGUAUAGGUGAGGCACGAUUCUAUCCAACUUGGACAGCUUCCAGAGAAUUCUAUAAUAAGCCAGCUGCAUGGCCGGAAUGUGCACUUGUCUUUGCAGAGUUUGGCAGUGGAGAAAAAUCUUCUGGGGAAUAGUUCUCCUGGAAGGGAGACCCCUCCCUUCCCCCCACCUUCUUUGCCACCAGUACAGCAAACGUGUGACCUCCAGCAGUGUACCUUCCAGAAGAAAUACUAGUUAAAUUCUCUUAAGGAACUUAGGCAACCAAUCGGACCCUUAAGGUCUUUGGGUUUCCUGCUUAUAAAGGUUCUGUCUUUGAUGCCCUCAUUGCUAGUAGCAGCUGCAUGGUUUGUGGAAGUUAAUGUCCCUUUUCUCAUCUCUGCAGAUUGAGGACACCACAAAAGAACGCUGCGGGGCGUACAGCCACAAACUUGACAUUUCUAGCUCCAGAUCUGCACAGGCAAUGGCUGUGCUGCAGGGACUGUCCCCUGUGCCUACUCCCUGGUCAUCUGAGUGGAUCUGUAUUGCUGUUUGGAAAUAUCAGCCUCUGUUGCACAUCUUCCAACCAGCUGGCCGGAGUGGGAGGUGGAGCCCCUUGCUAUGAAACAGAGCUUUACUUUGCUGAUAACAUGUGUCCGUAAUGUAUUGAAGGUAACUUAGAAAUGCUGUGAGCCCAAACUUCAUUUUAUGGAGGAAAAUAACAGGCUCAGAGACGUGGAGUGUCACGCUCGGGGUCACCCAGCAGCCCUGCCUUGUCCUAUGCAGUAGCCACUCCCCUCCUGUGCCCAUGAAGCCCUUGGAAUGGGGCCAGUGUGACCGGAGUGUGCUUUCAGUGUAAAUACACACAGGAUUUCAUUGACUCCGUAGGAACAUAAGUAUCUCAUUGAUAUUUUUUACAUUGAUUAUAUGUUGAAAUGAUGACAUUUUGGAAACUUUUGGCUAAAUUAAAUGUAUUAUCAAAAAUAAGAUCA